CUCUGGAUGCAUACUCGCAACCGUCGAGUUGCAUCGAUUUGAGGACGGUGCUUUGCGAUCGGAGUUUGAUUGGCUGUUGAGCCACAGGUCACGUGUACGAGCGGAAGACCGCCGAAGGCUCGGAAGAAGGCGAUCUGAAAUUCUUGGGACCAUCCAUCCAGUGUUCAGCUUGUCCAUCACGGCCGGCCCGCUGUACUGCCCGCUCAGCUCAUUCCUAUUCGAAUCUGCUGUCCCUCUGACCUCUUUUGCCUCAGCGGUUUCCUCACAAUGGCCCACCGCAUAAUAACACAGGUCGUCUUUUCCGGCGCUCGUAUCAUCGGGCGCGCGGUCUCCGAGUCAUACCGUCAAGCUGCUGCCUCGCAGAAGUAUGCCGCCGCAAAUAACGGAAGUGGUGGCGGCAGCGCAUUUGCCUCGUCGAACAUCACCAUGGACGAAGCAUGCAAGAUCUUGAACGUUGGUCCUGGAAAAGGAGGCAUAAUAGAAGCAGAGGCAGUCACCGAGCGGUUCAAGCGACUGUUCGAUCUAAAUGAUCCACAGAAGGGUGGCAGUUUCUACCUGCAGAGCAAGAUCUUAAGAGCGAGAGAACGGAUCGAACGAGAGUUGCAGGGGCAGCAGCGUAUGGCAGAGAGAGAAGCAGAGUUAAGAGACGGAUUCAAGCCGAAAUUCACCAAGGAGGAGAAAUGAGCGGACACGAAACUUGUAUAAGACGAAGCAAACACCAAGCAUGCAUGAGGGAGCGGGAACACGUUGGACUCGGAUAUGAGAGCAAGCAAGAGCCGGAGAGUGCAUCGAGAUGGCGUUGGUUUAUGGGCAUACCUAGCGAUCGGAGCUUUCUUCUCGGGGCAUAUCUCGUUGUAUAAGUGGCACCAUUGUUGCCUCUUCCGAGAAGCACAUGUGUUGCUGUGCGCCUCUCUACUCCACCAGGCGGGUACAUGCCCUUUUAACCUGUCUAAAAUAUUGUAACAUUAGAUGCUAUGAGCAUUGUACACUUCCUCGCAAUGUAUGUCGUAAUACUCUUGUGUAUUCGACUGACUUUUGACUUAAACCACCCGAAUGAGCAUCGGAUAUUUCAUACAA